GCACACAGCAUAACAACAAUCGCUCCUGCGCUCUUCCCCAUCCUCUCUUCUGCAUCGUUCCUCAAGUUUUCGAAAUCAUGGCUCAGCUACUAUCUACAGCUCCCCAAGAUGGGCCCGGCUACUCGUUCUCAAAUACACCUAUCAACCAAGCAUCACAGCCUACUCAGCACGCAGGCUUCUAUCCUUACACUGAUAACGGCGGCUCGACCCUUGGCAUCACUGGAGCCAACUUUGCCAUAAUGGCCGGCGACACGCGCUCAACUAGUGGCUACAAUAUCAACUCACGCAUGGUACCCAAACUCUUCCUUAUCGGCGGGGAGGGACCCAACAACAAGGGCGCCAAGAUCGUCCUCAGUGUCGUGGGAUUCGCCGCUGACGGAAAUGCGCUAAAAGAGCGUCUCGAUACAAUUGUCAAGAUGUACAAGUACCAGCAUGGCAAGGACAUGAGCGUGUCAGCAUGUGCACAGCGGCUGAGUCAUCUACUUUAUUCAAGACGGUUCUUCCCUUACUACGUCACUGCUAUCCUAGCGGGCUUGGAUGAGGAGGGAAAAGGCGCUCUGUACUCGUACGAUCCUGUGGGUAGUUACGAAAGGGAGCAGUGCAGAGCGGCUGGAGCAGCGGCGAGCUUGAUCAUGCCGUUCCUCGACAACCAGGUCAACUUCAAAAAUCAGUAUGUGCCUGGAAGCGGCACUGGCCACGAUUUGCAGAUUAAAGAGCCAAGACCAUUACCGCUUGAGACGGUAGAGAAACUUGUGCGUGAUGUGUUCACGGGCGCUGUAGAGAGGCAUAUCGAAGUAGGCGACUCGCUGCAGAUUAUGAUCAUCACCAAGGACGGCAUUGAGGAGAAGUUCUUCCCUCUGAAGAAGGAUUAGAGUCGUAUUAUGGCAUGGCCUGUUUGUACAAUACAAGCUCUCAUGGCGGUGGCGUUAUGGACGAAUAGCGAAAGGUCAUAUGCUUCCAGCAAACAAUGAAAGAAUGACUCUCUUAGACGUAUUUAUCUUCACCGUGUCUCCUACAAUUUCAAUGUUCAAUCGCAUCAAGCUACAGAAUCAACAGUCCACCUAGCCAGCAAGUGUCUGACCAAGUCUUCAGAUUCAACUGUGUCAUCUCCUUC